CAAAAAAAGCAAGCAGAAGAGGAGGCUUUCUAAGGCAGUCGCUCGGGAAAUCGGGGCUCUGGGCGACCCCAUUUAUCCCAGUGGCUGCGAGAUACUGGGAGAAAAAAUCAGCGACCAAGUGAGCCAGAGGUGGGUCGGGUUUGCUGGGAGACCGGACCGAUGGACGCCGGAGAGGAAAAGCAAUGCUUUCAGAAACAAAGGCAAGUCUUGAUAUUCUUUGUUUUGCUGGGCAUAGCUCAGGCUGGUUCCGAACCGAGGCACUAUUCAGUGGCCGAGGAAACGGAGGGUGGCUCCUUUGUGGCCAAUUUGUUAAAAGACCUGGGCCUGGAGUUAGGCGAGCUAGCUGCGCGAGGGCCUCGGGUCGUUUCCAAAGGGAAAAAAAUGAGUUUGCAAUUCGAUAGGCACACCGGGGAUUUGUUGUUAAAUGAGAAAGUGGACCGGGAGGAGUUAUGCGGCGCUACCGAGCCCUGUGUACUACCUUUCCAGGUAUUGCUAGAAAAUCCCUUGCAGUUUUUUCAGGCUGACCUAUGGAUUAUGGACAUCAAUGAUCAUUCCCCAGUUUUCCUAGACAAAGAAAUAAUUUUGAAAAUUUCAGAAAGUAUCAACCCCGGAACCACUUUCCUAAUAGAACGUGCCCAGGACUUAGAUGUAGGAAGCAACAGUCUCCGAAGUUACACGGUCAGCCCCACGUCCCACUUCCACCUUAAAUUACAAAACAGCCCAGAUGGCAUACUACCGCAGCUGGUGCUGGACAAAGCGCUGGAUCGAGAGGAACAGUCUGAGAUCAGAUUAACCCUCACAGCACUGGACGGCGGCACUCCACCCAGGUCUGGCACUGCCCUGGUCCGCAUUGAAGUCUUGGACAUCAAUGAUAACACUCCCGAGUUUGAAAAGAUGCUCUAUGAGGUGCAAAUUCGGGAAAACAGCCCCAUUGGAUCCCAGAUUGUCAUUGUUUCUGCUAGAGAUUUAGACAUUGGAGCUUAUGGAGAAAUAUCUUACGUAUUUUCCCAAGCCUCUGAAGAUAUUCGAAGAACUUUUCGAAUAAAUGAAAAAUCGGGAGAACUCCUUUUGACACACGAACUGGAUUUCGAAUCCAUUCAGACUUACACAUUAAAUAUUCAAGCGAUAGAUGGAGGAGGGCUUUCUGGAAGUUGCGUGGUGUUUGUCCAAGUGAUGGAUUUGAAUGACAACCCUCCAGAACUGACAGUAUCAACACUUAUCAGUGAGAUUCCAGAAAAUUUGCAGGAAACCAUAAUUGCUGUAUUCAGCGUCUCUGAUCCGGACUCAGGAGACAAUGGAAGGAUGGUUUGCUCCAUUCAAGACGAUCUCCCUUUCAUCCUUAAGCCUUCUGUUGAGAAUUUUUACACUCUGGUGACAACCACAGCCCUGGACAGAGAGCACAGAUCCGAGUACAACAUCACCAUCACCGUCACCGACCUGGGGACACCCACGCUGAAGAGCGAGCACAGCAUCUCCGUGCAGGUGGCCGACGUCAACGACAACGCCCCGGCCUUCAGCCAAAGCGCCUACACCCUGUGGGUCCGCGAGAACAACGGCCCCGCCCUGCACAUCGGCAGCGUGAGCGCCACCGACCCGGACUCGGGCGCCAACGCGCGGGUCACCUACUCGCUGCUGCCGCCCGGCGACGCGCGCCUGCCGCUGGCCUCGCUGGUGUCCAUCAACGCGGACACCGGGCAGCUGUUCGCGCUGAGGCCCCUGGAUUUCGAGGCGCUGCGCGCCUUCGAGUUCGGCGUGGGCGCGGCCGACGGCGGCUCGCCGGCGCUGAGCAGCCGGGCGCUGGUGCGCGUGCAGGUGCUGGACGCCAACGACAACGCGCCCGUCGUGCUGUACCCGCCGCAGAACGGCUCUGCGCCCUGCACCGAGCUGGUGCCGCGCGCGGCCGACGCGGGCUACCUGGUGACCAAGGUGGUGGCGGUGGACGGCGACUCGGGCCAGAACGCCUGGCUGUCGUACCAGCUGCUCAGGGCCACGGAGCCCGGGCUGUUCGGCGUGUGGGCGCCCAGCGGCGAGGUGCGCACGGCCCGGCAGCUGAGCGAGCGCGACGCGCCCAGGCACAGGCUGGCGGUGCUGGUGCGCGACCACGGCGAGCCGCCGCUGUCGGCCACCGUCACGCUGCACGUGCUGCUGGUGGACGGCUUCUCGCAGCCCCACCUGCCGCGGGCCGAGGCGGCGGCCGAGCAGGCGCGGGCCGAGCCGCUCACCGUGUCCUUGGUGGUGGCCCUGGCGGCGGUGUCGUCGCUCUUCCUGCUGUCGGUGCUGGGCGUCGUGGCGGCGCGGCUGUGCGCGAGGGCCCGGGCGGCGUCUGCGGGGGGCUGCUCGGGGCCCGGGGGCGGCCUUGCGGGCCACCUGGUGGACGUGAGCGGCGGCGGGACGCUGUGCCAGGCCUACCGCUAUGAGGUGUGCCUGUCGGGAGGCUCGGGGACCGGCGAGUUCAAGUUCCUCAAACCGAUUCUCCCCAGCUUCCUCUCUCAGGGCGAGGAAAGGGGUUAGUGAGACAAACCCGUUUCAGGGAUAGCUUUUAAUUCCGUUACGUUUUAAUAAGAGGCUACUGAACCUAGUCUCAAUUAAACUGUGGAAAUGUUUUUUUUCUUAACUGCCUUGCUCAUUGGGGUUUAUUUACUGCCUUGCACCGUUGAAAUGUAUCUAUCUUCAUUCCAAUUCAGUGCAUGUAAUUGGUGUUCCUAAAUGUUUUGCUCUGUGGUAAAUGUUUGCAUUCUUAUUGUUGGUUACUCUUAGUUUAACUUAAUUCAGAUUCUAAAGUGUGAAAGUAAGUUUUGUAUUUUCAGAAGUCUUGAAGUUAUAGCAACUUUUUCCAAACUCACCUUCCACAAUUCCUAGGUAAUUUUGCCUUUCAACAUUUUUAAAUGUUUGCUGUCACUACACGGGGUUAUUUUUAGAGCCAAGAAUAUUUGUGUUUGUAUAUUCUCUUAGGCUACUGUAACUUUUAUCCUGUGGAUUCACAUUGGCUAAAACCGUUAACAUAGGUGUAGUCAUGAAUAACAAAGCACCCUCACAUUUUUCUAAAUAUAUACUUCUUUAAAGUGUCCAUACAUGAUGAUUCUUUAGAGAUUGUGAGAACCUUGACUAUUGUAUUCCACAAACAACUCAUGCUAAAAGUGCUCAAUAAAUCAACCACUAAUAUUCUAAAGUGCAGUUCAAUAGCCCAUGUCCAGUCAUUUUCAAAGACAUGCUAAUUCUACAUGCUAUCUCAAAAAAAAUUCACCUCGACUUACUCAAUGCCCUCUUUUUUAAAAAUCAGUUUUAAUUAUUAAAAUCAUCUAUUAACUUUUAGCUAAAAUAUAGGGGUUUAAGGGAAUAUAUGUCUUUGUCCUUGACCAUAUUUUAGAAACUCCAAAUGUUGUUUGGCAUUGCAUCUUUCCAAAUUUUCUGGAGCAUUUAUGAUUCAAUCGGAAAUAAGCCUGUGGAAAAGAGAUUUAUUUUGCACUCCCCAUUCUUUCCCCCCCCCCCACUGACUUCUGGUUUUCUGCUUUCAGUUUCCUAGAUUUUUCAAUACUUUUUUCUUUUUAGAUUAAGCUGUGUUUCUUAAUAGCUCCCCAUUUAUUGCAUGAUUAGCACAAUGACUGGAAAA